GGUCGUACAGCUGGAGGAGCUGCUCGAGGUGCGGCACUCGGUGUUCGUGGUCGGGAACGCGGGCUCGGGUAAGACCGAGGUGUGGAAGACGCUGUACCGCACGUACCUCAACAUGAAGCGCAAGCCCAUCUUCAACGACCUCAACCCCAAGGCCGUCACCAACGACGAGCUCUUCGGCAUCAUCAACCCGGCGACCCGCGAGUGGAAGGACGGGCUCUUCUCCGUCAUCAUGCGGGAGCAGGCAAACCUGUCGGGCGACCACCCCAAGUGGAUCAUCCUGGACGGUGACAUCGACCCCAUGUGGAUCGAGUCCCUCAACACGGUCAUGGACGACAACAAGGUGCUGACGCUGGCCUCCAACGAGCGGAUCGCCCUGUCCGCCAACAUGAGGCUGCUCUUCGAGAUCUCCAACCUGCGCACCGCGACGCCCGCCACCGUGUCGCGGGCGGGGAUCCUGUACAUCAACGCCCAGGACCUCGGCUGGAACCCGUACGUGACAAGCUGGAUCGAGACCCGCACCUCCAACUCGGAGAAGGCCAACCUGCUGAUCCUGUUCGACAAGUACAUCCCGCCGUGCCUCGAGUCGCUGCGCACGCGCUUCCGCCGCAUCACGCCCAUCGUGGACAUGUGCCACGUGCAGAUGCUGUGCCACCUGCUGCGCUGCCUGCUCGUGCCGGCCAACACGCCCGCCGACUGCAGCAAGGAGCUGCACGAGAUGUUCUUCGUGUUCGCGUGCGUGUGGGCGUUCGGCGCGGCCAUGUUCCAGGACCAGGCCAUCGACUACCGCGUCGAGUUCUCCAAGUGGUGGGUCAACGAGUUCAAGACGGUCAAGUUCCCCGGCCAGGGCACCGUGUUCGACUACUUCAUCGACCCGGAGACCAAGCAGUGGGCGCUGUGGGCCGAGCGCGUGCCCAAGUUCGAGCUGGACCCGGACAUGCCGCUGCAGGCCGCGCUCGUGCACACGCCCGAGUCCACGCGCGUGCGCUUCUUCGUGGACCUGCUGAUGGAGCAGCGCGUGCCGGUCAUGCUCGUGGGGCCGGCCGGCUCCGGCAAGACGGUCCUCGUGGCCGAGAAGCUGGCCGCGCUGUCCGAGAACUACGCCGUCGCGAACGUGCCCUUCAACUUCUACACGACUUCUGAGAUGCUCCAGAAGAUACUGGAGAAGCCGCUCGAGAAGAAGGCCGGCCGGAACUUCGGGCCGCCGGGCAACAAGACGCUCGUGUACUUCCUGGACGACAUGAACAUGCCCGAGGUGGACGCCUACGGCACGGUGCAGCCGCACACGCUCAUCCGGCAGCACAUCGACUACAGCCACUGGUACGACCGCACCAAGCUCUCGCUCAAGGACAUCCACAACUGUCAGUACGUGUCGUGCAUGAACCCCACGGCCGGCAGCUUCACCAUCAACCCCCGGCUGCAGAGGCACUUCUGCGUGUUUGCAAUCAGCUUUCCGCACAACGAGUCGCUCAACUCCAUCUACUCCCAGAUCCUGGCGCAGCACUUCUCCAACCCCGAGUACCGCUUCCACGCGUCCAUCGGCCGGCUGGUGAACGCCGUGGUGACGGCCUCGCUCGCCGUGCACCACAAGUGCUCGCAGGUCUUCCUGCCCACGGCCGUCAAGUUCCACUACAUCUUCAACCUGCGCGACCUGUCCAACGUCUUCCAGGGCCUGCUCUUCAGCUCCAACGACUGCCUGACGCAGCCCACCGACCUGGUGCGCCUCUGGAUGCACGAGGCGCAGCGCGUCUACGGCGACAAGCUCACCGAGGAGAAGGACAUCGACGCCUUCUACAAGAUCCAGGUCGACGUCGUCAAGAAAAACUUUGACGAGCUGGACGAGGGCAUCAUCCUGGAGAAGCCCAACAUCUUCUGCCACUUCGCGCAAGGCAUCGGCGAGCCCAAGUACAUGCCCAUCCCGGACUGGGCGACGCUGAGCACGCUGCUGCAGGAGGCGCUCGCCUCGUACAACGACCUGGUGGCGGCCAUGAACCUGGUGCUGUUCGAGGACGCCAUGAUGCACGUGUGCCGGAUCAACCGCAUCCUGGAGUCGCCGCGGGGCAGCGCGCUGCUGGUGGGCGUCGGCGGCAGCGGCAAGCAGUCGCUGGCCAGGCUCGCCGCCUUCAUCUCCUCCCUGGAGGUGGCCCAGGUGCAGCUGCGCAAGGGGUACGGCGUCUUCGACCUCAAGGUAGCCCGCACGUCGUCCACUACAACACCAUCCGAGCCCGAGGG